AGAGUCUUGGCUUCUUCCAGUGUUGCUCCUGCCAGGAAAGAAGGUAAGUCUUGUUGCCUGUGAUUAGUAACUUGGUAAGAAAUAGACUUGUGGUGGAGCUGGGGUGGAGUACUAUGGGAUAAAUAAUGAGCCAGGACUAGGUAUUGGGGACAUCUGUGAAGAAGGAGAAUGAUUUUAAUAGUGGGAAACUGAGGCUAGAGCUGGAUGGGGAGGGGGCAGUACUACCUGAGCAGGGACCUUGGAGAACUAGGCUCCUCUGGGGACAUUUUUGCUAUCUUUUCUUGGUUCUCUUUACUAACAAAGUGAACCAAUACGACAGACAAAUGGUAGAAACUUACUAAAUCUUGAGCCUGAGUUUUGCUCCGUUGGGUUCAGUUAAAAGACUCAGGUUGGCUCAGGCACAUACAUCUGCUCUCCCUGAGGACUUUCUGAGUUAGAAGGAACAAGAAUAAUGCCACCCCUAAGGGAUGAAUUGGUGGAGGCUAAGCUGGCUGAAGAAAAAUGCAAGCCUAGUCCCCAAUGCAGACACUGAAGUAAAAAGAGGAGACCUGGAGAGUUUCGUAGAAAUGUGAGCUAUUGUUUCAAGCUCUCUAUUUCCUACUGUCGGAAACAGUAGCAGGGUUGAGUGAGGACUUGUCUGAAGUCACAUAGCCAGUUGAAGGUGUAAGAAGUGAACCUAGAAUCCUUCACUCCACCCAUACCUUACUGCCAGAUGGACUGCCUCUGGAUGGUACGACCUUCUCAAAAAGGAGACCUGUUUUCAGUCACCCUCCCAAGUGAGUGGAUGCACUGCAGAAUUUUGUGGAGACCUUCCUCAUCCUACAGUUUUGAUGAAUCUUCUCUUUUCAGAUUUUUAAAAACCACAGCGAGAUGUGUGACCAGCAGAAGCAACCACAGUUCCUUCCAUCUUGUGUGAAGGGUUCUGGAAUGGGAGUGGGGCAAGGUAGUGACGGUGCCUCUGGAAAAGGCCAGGUUUCAGGGCAGAUCCAAACUGUUGAUGCUUCAGGGCCGGCUCCCUGCCAGCCUCAAACCAUUGUGAGAUACUCAGCUGCAGUUCCUGCUCAAACUUAUGUCAAAUACCAAGUUCCGUGCCAGACCAAAACCUACGUGAAAUGCCCAACUCCCUGCCAGACAUACGUGAAAUGUCCAGCCCCAUGCCAGACGACUUAUGUAAAAUGUCCAGCCCCAUGCCAGACGACUUAUGUGAAAUGUCCAGCCCCAUGCCAGACAACCUACGUGAAAUGCCCAGCCCCAUGCCAGACAACCUAUGUAAAAUGUCCAGCCCCAUGCCAGACGACCUACGUGAAAUGUCCAGCUCCAUGUCAGACAACUACUGUGAAGUGCCCAGCCCCGUGCCAGACGACUUCUGUCAAAUGUCCAGCUCCCUGCCAGGCUCAGACGUAUUAUGUCCAGUACCAGGCUCCUGGCCAGACUUAUUAUACUCAGGCUUCUUCAAGUGGCUCGGGAUCUCAGGGCUGUGUUCCUGAUCCAUGCUCUGCCCCCUGUUCCACCAGCUACUGCUAUUUGGCUCCCCGGACCUUUGGGGUGAGUCCUCUGAGACGCUGGGUCCAGCGGCCUCAAGGAUGGAACACAGGAUCUUCUAGCUGCUGUGAGGAUUCUGGGUGCUGCAGCUCUGGAGGCUGCGGAGGCUGUGGCUCUGGAGGCUGUGGCUCUGGGGACUGCGGAGGUUGCGGCUGUGGCUGUGGCUCUGGGUGCUGCUGUUUGGGCAUUAUUCCCAUGAGGUCCAGAGGUCCUGCAUGCUGUGAUCAUGAGGAUGAUUGUUGCUGUUAAACACGAAAGAAAUGUUCUGCUUCCAAAAUGUACCUCCUGCUCUGUCUUCUGGAAUUACCCAAACUUAACAACGGCUUCCCUAGUUCUUUUAUCAAGGCAUCCUGCCAUAGUUAGCACAACCCCCAAACUGUGGCAAGAAUAAAGCUCUGAAUGCAAGGCAUG